AUGAUUAAAGUGAAACAUGAUCAGGAAUCUAUAAGGCAGACCGGAAGCGGGUCUGCAUGUGCCCCGGGCGGACUCUGCCAAGGCCGCGACGAGGGGAGUCGGGAACACCCUGGGGCCGCUGUGGGGAAGGGCCUCCCCCCAUGCAAAGUGGGAGGCGCAGCGCAGCUCCUCUCGCGGCCACGCGCAGCCCUGCAGGGCAGCCCGCUGCGGGGAACCUCACGCGGCGGCGGCGGCGGCGGCCCGCGGACCCCUCGAGGGCGGCGGCCUCGCGGCGCCUCUUCCGCCGCCAGAAUCCCCUCCCCGGGAGACUCGCCCACAGGCGACCGCGCGCGUCUCGACGGGCCAGAGGCGCCCCGCCCUCUCUUCCGCCUCCCGCCAACCACUUCCGGGUGGAGCUUCACUCCGGGCAGAAGCACUUCCGGGGCCUGGGAGGCGCGGCGGGGGGGCUGGCGCGCGGGAGGCGUUUCUGUUGAGGCCACAUCCGGGCGGAGCUUCCGGGUCCCUUUGUCCCUGGCGUCGCCGCCGCCGCCGCCGCCGGGCUCCUUUCUUCUUCCCCGCGCCGCCUCAGGUGGGCGCCUCCCCGCCCCGCCCGCCCGCCCGCCCGCCCGGCCGAGAGGGGAGAGGCGGAGAAGCCCGGGCGCGCCCUUCGCCGAGGCCCCUGGGGAGGGGGCGCGAGGACCCCGCCGGCCAGGCCGCCGCGGCUGGAAGCUCUUUCUCCAAAAGUUUCAGCGCCUCCGCCCCCCCCGCCCCCCCUUCCUUCCCUGGCCUGUCCGGGUUUUGUUCUCUCUCCUGCUUAGCUCCGCCUGUUUCUUCUUCUUCUAGCCGAAGAUGAGCUGCUUUGCUGCUGAAUAGGAAUCUGGGCGCCACCGCAGGGACCCGGGUCUGGGGGAGAGAGAGCCGCAGUGUCCCCCUUGCUGUGGAAGCCUGGCAGGGUGAGUCGCGGAGCAGCUGCAGAUCUGGGGGGAAGUUGUGGCCGAGCACCGCUGGCUUGUCGGUGUGGUUCUGACAGCUGAAAGGGUUCGACUCUUUCCCCGCAUCCAUUGCGCGGUUUGCAUGUGGGAUCUCUGUAACUCUUGUGUCUCUCUCAUUACAUUAGAAAAGAACCCUUCAGAAUGGCACAGUUCAAGCGUCAGAAGCAGCUGAGAGCCAGCAAUCUUCAGGGAGCCAGGACCUUCUCAGGUUAGUCAGAUAAGGAUGUUGUAAAGUUUGCCUCUGAUCUAUCCAUGCAGUUGUUUAGGCCAUGCUGGAUGGGUGGUAUCUCUGCUGCUUCUUUAAACCCUUCUUCAUGAGGGAUAUGUGAUGGGUUUGUUUUUUAAAUUCUUUAGAGGGAAAGAGAUUUCUGCUUUACUGGUUUUUGUUAAUGCUCUGUGCUCUGUGUGUGUAUUUGAUAGAAAAUCUGCAUACAAAAAUAUGAGCAUUACUUUUGUCCAGUUCUUAGCUAAGGGUGCUUUAGUCCCAUCCUUGUAACCACACUUUGUUUACUCUAAUCUUUUGAAUCUUAAUGGGAAUAGUAAGGAGCUAAUCUCAUGGUUGUAAUGAAAUGAAUGCAUUAAUUAUUUUUGCUAAGUGCCAUCUAUCUAAUGAAUGAAAUUGUACAUAAAUGCACUUCUAUCUGACCAUUCAGUGAUUUUCUAGUGUUUAAAAUUAUUUGCUCCUUUUCACUAGGAACCCAACCAGCCUCUUUAUUGGGACCUGCACCUGGCCUCUUAAAUCCUCCUAUCUCAGCAGAGAUUAUUCAGGCGGCACGCCAUCUUCAGGUCUGUGGGAGAUGAUUGGUUUUUUCUUGUAGAUGUCAGUGAGAUUCUGGUGUUUUUUCGUUUCCCCGAGAAGACAGUUAAGGGAUUCUACUUCCACUGGAGAGCUCUAUGAACAAGUUUCAAGGCAGUUCUAGUCAACUCCCUGGGCAUGUGCCAGCAGCUAUGUAUUCCAGAGGCAGCAAGUGGUUUAUGAUGUGUCUCGGAUGGAAUCUCAGCCAGAGGUCAGGUGAAGACGGUCUGUGUGGCUCUCCUGAUGUCUUUGGCACCUGGCUUCAAACUCUUUGCAUUUAAAGAAACCAGAGCUGCAUGCUCUGUGCCAGUUUGGCUCAAAGCCAUUGGAGGAGGGGUUGGAAAUAUGUAUUUCAGAUCCUUGGAGAUAGCAAGUGUGCGUUAGGGUUUACACACUGCCGCCUUCCUUCAAACCAUCAAAUUUGGCUUAAGGUCAUGUAAGUGGUCAUAACUCUGAUUGCAACAGUGAAGCUCUUCACGUUGAGUGGGAAGGCUAGAAAUUUGGGGGGGAAAUAAAGAAAAUGUUAAGCCAUGCUGUUUAAGAACUCAUAUGAAAUACUGCGCAGUGUCAAUGGGUCAGAAAAACAGUAGCCUUGACGAGGAUCUGCCUGACACAGAGUUUCAAAUUCACUUGUAGUCGUAACUGAUCUAGGAUAAUUAGUAUCUCCCAUUUCCUUCUCAAUUGUUUCAGGACUAAGUAUAUAUUGUAGAUGGUUACAGAACUGUAGAUGAGAGCCAUCUCUAUGGUAUUCUUAAAUUAGUCCCCCUGCCACAGUGUCAUAGAUCAGUCUGUUCAUCCUAGUUUACAGUUUGCCUUUGCUGGAGCAUAGGUACACUGCAUAUCUGUGUCUACCUUGUGACUAUCACUGCAGACUCUUAUUUUUAUUUACGUAUGUUGCAGCCACAGCAAAGGUGGCAUUUUUACAUCUCUGCCGUAUUAAGCAGUUGGUCCCUUUCCUUUCUUGCCCUGAUCUGGCCACAGUGAUCCAUGCAAUGGUCACCUCCAGGCUUGAUUAUUGUAACUCGCUCUAUGCAGGGCUGCCCUUGAAGCUGACCCAGAAACUCCAGCAGGUGCAGAAUGCCACUGCGAGGCUCCUUACGGGGUCCUUGCCACGGGAUCACAUUCAUCCAGUCCUUUACCAACUGCACUGGCUCCUGGUGGAGUACAGAGUCAGGUUUAAGGUGCUGGUUUUGACCUUUAAAGCCCUAUGCGGCCUAGGACCCACGUACCUAGGGGACCGCCUCUCCUGGUAUGCCCUGUGGAGGACCUUAAGGUCCACAGAUGACAACAUUUUGGAGGUCCCAAGUCGCAAGGUGGUUAGAUUGGUCUUAACUAGGGCCAGGGCCUUUUCAGUACUGGCCCCGACUUGGUGGAACGCUCUGUCACAAGAGACUAGGGCCCUGCGGGACUUGAUAUCUUUCCGCAGGGCCUGCAAGACAGAGCUGUUCUGCCUGGCCUUUGGUUUGGACUCAGUCUGACCCUUAUGAUUCCCUCUCUUAAUGGUUUUGAUCUAUGGGCUACUUUUAAAAUGAGGCUGCAUUUUAAAUUGCAUUUUAACCUGUAUUUUAAAUUGGUCCCCAUCCCCAUUACGUUUUUACUGUAAUUUUUCUGGUGUUAGCUGCCCUGAGCCCAGCUCUGGCCGGGGAGGGCGGGGUAUAAAUAAAUAAAUAAAUAAAUAAUAAUAAUAAUUAUUAUUUCCUGUCUUUUGAUGAAAAGGUAUUCAAGACAGCUUCCAGCAGGUGACACAAUAAAAAAGCCACAUUUAAACUAUGUGGCCUUUGGUUCUAACCAAUGGAAUUUGCUCCCCUUUAGUACCCAGGGCAACUAGUUGCUGGAGCACAGUAUUCUUUCCAGCAGAGAGUUAGUGGGGAGCAAGCUCUGUACAGCUUUUCCUCUGGCUGGGGGUGGUCUUCUAUUUAUUUUUGUGUUCUUCCUUAGAAGCAGGGCAAGCAACCUCCGAGAGCCUGUUGGGUCCUGUGGCUGAUGCAUGGAGCCCAAGAGUGCUUCCUUGCAGAGCAACAGGCAUUUAGUUGAGCAGUUGAAUAACUCAGUAUAGAGCAGAUGUGGGGAACCUUUGGCCCUCCUGUUGUUGCAGAGCUACAACUACAUGAGGUCCAUCAUACAUGGCCAAUGAUGAUGGCAGAUGUAGUUCAGCAACAUCUGGAGAGCCAGAAAUUUCCCAUACCUGCUAUUGAGGAAGGCAGUAUUCUUCUAAGUCACAGUUGGUGUGUGUUUGUAGUAACUACUUUGAUGAAGUAGGGUAGAAUAGAAAUUUAUGAUGAGGGCCUUUCUGUGAUUCCCCGGUUUCCUGAGGUUUUCUUUAAAUGUUAGUGGGCCUGGUAACCUCUUGUUUCGUGGCUCUCAUGAUCACAUGCAUUUUGCCCUAUGAAGUAAGUAAUCUGUUUUACAGGUGUAUAUCCUAUUUGCCCAGUUUCUGCCUGAGCGCCCAAGUCGAUAGUGCUUUCCUUUCUCUAGUACAGGCAUACUGAUCCUGAGUUCCAGGCUCUACCGCAUGUAGGGCCUGCUGUUGUCUGAAGAAGCUCAUAUUACAGAAUAGUUUUUCAGGGUUCAGUUGGAUUAGGAUGGAACAUAAUUGUUCAGUUUGAAAGAAUGUUGGUUACUGCUUGACAUCAAUAGUGAUAUUGAAUCCAGUGUUAAAGGAUUUAGAAAUCAAUAAAUGGCAAAUUCCUCCUUUGGCAGAUGAAAGAGCUUGAGAGUAGCCCGGACUUGAUAUGGCCUCAGUAUUAAGAAAUAUUGUGAACUGUCUAGAACUCCAGUGACUGACACAGAGAGUGAAUUAGACGGCUUGUGAAUAGGUCGCACCUGCAGUCUGUUAUGAUUGUACCUGUUGACUGAGCCUGGGGAUUGGGUAUGCAGAUGACCAGAUUUGUGACACUGGUGAUUAGUGUGUAACCUUUCAUUAUGUCAUUAUAGUGAUUUCCCUGGGCCUUUGCUUUUCAGGGGGGAGAGAAACAACGAGUUUUUACUGGAAUAGUCACCAGCCUCCACGAUUACUUUGGAGUGGUGGAUGAUGAAGUUUUCUUUCAAUUAAGGUGAGUAGAGAGCCAUUAGGAUGGCAGCAGAGACAAGAGGACAGCAAGUGGCUACUAAUAGCAUUCUCCCCUUGCCAUCCAGCAGACUUGUGCUUCCUUCUAUCUUCUUGAAUUGCCCCAAAGCCUGAUCUAUACUUGGGAAGAAUGAGGAAGCCUGACCUAGUAUAGCCCUUUCUGCUACUUGAGAUUGCAGCUGGAAGAUGCUAUUUAAAUCCCCCACCCCAUUUUUCCAUUUUACAAUAUUCAACAAUAAAGAAGCAUUCAAUAAUAAAUAUAUAUUCAACAAUAAAUCACACACAAAUCCAGUAAUGUUUUCGUCGACUUCCAUCCCUCCUCUUCUAUGGUUUCUUAUUUUUCUUUCAAAUUCUUACUUCAUAUUUUAAUUUGUCCUUUUUACUCAUUUAUCCUUUUUAAUUCCCUUAGAAUCCUCGUGUUUAUAUCAAUCCUGCUAAUGUUUUUAAUUGUUUACAGUUUUCAUAUAUUCAAUAAAUUUCCUCCAUUCUGCUACAAAGAGUUUAUCAUCUCUUAAUCUUCUGGUAAGUUUCGCCAUCUCUGCGUAUUCCAUCAACUUUAAUUGCCAAUCGUCUCUUUUGCAGGUCUCAAAGUGGUUCACAGGAUAAAAUCAGAAUUUAAAGCUACUAAAUACAUAAUCAAAAUAAAAACAAAAACAACCCAAUAAACACCCCAACACAUUUUAAGUAAUAAAAAUAAAUUUCAUAAUAAAAAUGAACUUGACAAAAGAAAACAUAAAAAUGAUUUAAAACCAAAAUUUUUUAAAGCAGUUGAAAAUACUUAAAAUUCUCUUCUAGCAACAUAUCAAAAAGGACUAAGUCCUACCCACCUCACCAUAAGAUGAGCAUAAUCAUAGGAGGCAACAUUAAUUAACCAGAGUCUAGGUAAACAGAAAGGUCUUAGCUUGGCACCUAGAAACUGACAAAGAUGGUGUCAGGUGAGUUUCCCUGGAAAGGAGCAUUUCAUAGAUGGGGGGGGGCACCGCUGAAAAGGCCUGUUCUCGUAUGGCCACCCUCCAUACCCCCCUUGGGUGGGGCACACACAAAAAAGGCCUCUGAUGAAGACCACCGGGUUCCAGGCUUAUUCGUAUGUAGAGAGGUAUUUCUUGUGGUAUUGCAAUCCUGAGGCAGCACUUUGAAUUGUGGAGAAACAAUUCCAGCCAGUUAUUGCUGUUCUAGCUUAAUACUUGCAGAUAUUUUUUUCUUUAUGCAACAGAUAACGAAAAAUCUGAUUUCCUCACAUGCAGUCUUUAGUGGAGGAAGCAGAGCUCAGUGGUGGAGCAUAUGGUUUGCCUUCAGAAGGUGCCAGGUUCAAUUCCUGAUACAGUGGUGCCCCGCAAGACGAAUGCCUCGCAAGACGAAAAGCUCGCUAGACGAAAGAGUUUUCCGUUUUUUGAGUCGUUCCGCAAGACGAAUUUCCCUAUGGGCUUGCUUCGCAAGACGAAACGUCUUGCGAGUUCUUGCGAGUUUGUUUCCUUUUUCUUAAAGCCGCUAAGCCGUUAAUAGCCGCUAAGCCAUUAAUAGCCGCCAAGCCGCUAAUAGCCGUGCUUCGCAAGAUGAAAAAACCGCAAGACGAAGAGACUCGCGGAACGGAUUAAUUUCGUCUUGCGAGGCACCACUGUAUAUCCAUUUUUUAAAAAAAGAAUUGGACUGCAGGUGGUGGUAAAUAUCUGUCUGGGAUCCUGGAGAGCGGCUGCAUGUUAGAGUUGACAAUACUUUGCUAAAUGCAUAAUUAGCCGGACCCUGAUAUAAGGCAACUUUGUAUGUUUCCUGUGAAGUACAGUCAGAAAACGUAGACUCCUGACUCUGCUGUCUGCACAGGACAGGACAGGGCCUGGCUGGGGAAGCUGGACUUGACCUUCAGUUAUGAGCUUUGGAGGUGCCCAUUAGAAACUCAGCACCAGCAGAAAUAAGACAUGUGUUUUCAUCUCUUCUGUUUUGUUUCAGUGUUGUCAAAGGUCGGAUCCCACAGAUUGGCGAAAAGGUGCUGGUGAAAGCUGUCUACAACCCCAGCCAGUCAGUGCCCUGGAAUGCCUUGAAGGUCCAGACAUUGUCAAAUCAGGUACCUCAGUGUUUCAUUCUCCAAGUGUGUAGGGGGAUUCUUUUUUGUCGUAAAUAGAGUUUGAGUUACUUUGCUUGUGUUCCCUUUGAUCUCAUGUACGGAGAUGAGUUACCUUUCUUCUACUAAGGUGGCACACUUUAUUCAGUGCUAAUUCAUAUCGUACAAUGAAGCAAUGAAAGAUUCACAACUAACAUGAAAAGUGGGUCUUUCACCAGAGACAUUAGAAAAGCCCAGAUAGCUUCUGAAUCUUGAAUGGAAUUGCAAGUCAGAACUAAGAGACCUUCACACAGAGCCAAAGAAGUGAUAUUAUUAUUAUUAUUAUUAUUAUUAUUGAUAAUUUUGUUAUUUAUAUGCCAUCCAUCUGAUUGGUUUGUCCCAGCCAUGCUGGGUACCUUCCAGCAAACUAUAAUAACACAAUAAAACACCAAACAUAAAAAAAUUCCCUGUACAGGGCUGCCUUUAGAUGUUUUCUAAAAAUCAUAUAGUAGUUUAUCUGUUUGACAUUUGAUGGGAGGGUGUUGCACAGGGUGGGCACCACUACCAAGAAGGCCCUCUGCCUGUUUCGCUGUAUCUUCGCUUCUCGUAGGGAGGGAACUGCCAGAAGGCCCUUGGCGCUGGACCUCAGUGUCUGGGUAGAAUGAUGGGGCGGGGGGGGGGAGAUGCUCUUUCAGGUAUACUGGGUUGAGACCAUUUAGGGCUUUAAAGGUCAGCACCAACACUUUGAAUUGUGCUCGGAAAUGUACUGGGAGCCAAUGUAGGUCUUCCAAGACUGGUGUUAUGUGGUCUUGGUGGCAGCUCCCAGUCACCAGUCUAGCUGCAACAUACUGGAUUAGUUGUAGUUUCCAGGUCACCUUCAAAGGUAGCCCCAUGGAGAACGCAUUGCAGUCCAAGCGGGAGAUAACUAGAACAUGCACCACUCUGGCGAGACAGUCCGUGGGCAGGUAGGGUCACUUCCUGCUUACCAGAUGGAGCUGGUAGACAGCUGCCCUGGACACAGAAUUGACCUGCACCUCCAUGGACAGCUGUGAGUCCAAAAUGACUCCCAGGCUCUGCACCUGGUCCUUCAGGGACUCAGUUACCACAUUCAGGACCAGGGAGUCCCCCACACCCACUCGCCUCCUGUCCCCAAAAACAGUACUUUUGUCUUGUCAGGAUUCAACCUCAAUCCGCUAGAUUUACAGUGUGAAACCAAAUAAACAUCUCAACCAUCAACGUAAAAAAGGAAACUAUAAAAUACCGUAUUUUUUGUUCCAUAAGUCACACUUUUUUCCUCCUAAAAGGUAAGGGGAAAUGUGAGUGCGUCUUAUGGAGCGAAUGGCGCUGCACAGAGAGGGAGAGCUGCGCAACACCCGUUCAGCGAAGCGGGAGGAGGAACAGAAGGAGACCCUUCUGUUCCUCCUCCGUCUUCUCUGAAGGGGCGCUGCGCAGCUCUCCCUCUCUGUGCAGCGCCUCUCCUGCAAAGGAGAGAUGCUGCGCAGAGAGGGAGAGCUGUGUAGCGCCCCUUCAGCGACGCGCCUGUCCUGCGAAGCUUCGCUUAAAGGGGCGCCUGUCCUGGAAGCCAGAGGAGGAAUGGAAGGGAAUCCUUCUGUUCCUCCUCCCGCUUCGCAGCGACGCUCCUGUCCUGGAAGCCGGAGGAGGAACAGAAGGGUCUCCUGUUCCUUCUCCAGCUUCGCUUGAAGGGGCGCUGCGCAGUUCUCCCUCUCUGUGCAGCGCCUCUCCUGUGAAGGAGAGACGCUGCGCAGAGAGGGAGAACUGCGCAGCGCCCCUUCAGCAACGCGCCUGUUCUGGCUUCUCCCUCUUCAGGCAGGGGGAGCCUUCAUCCCACUGCCCUGAAGAGGCUUGGCGCGGUUAUCCCAGAAGCCAGAACAGCCACACGGUAUCCCAGAAACCAGAUCUCUCUUGAUGUUCUGGCUUCUGGGAUUCAGAAUACUUUUUUCUUGUUUUCCUCCUCCCAAAACUAGGUGCACCUUAUGGAGAGAAAAAUACGGUAAAUGUAACAUGUUUGCAGUGGCUUCUAGAGGAUCCAGAUUUCAAACCAGCCAGUUUUCAGUUUCUAUAUAGUGACUCUGCCCUGGCCAUUCUCUUCAGAAAUCUGUGUUGCUUGUGCUGGAUUCCUUUUUGCAUUGCAAACCAAAGUUAUGGGAGUUAUCAGUGUCCUUUCUUGCCUUGUCUUAUGCCAUUGGAAAGCAGCUUUAUCCCAUACAGCUAGAUUGGAAUUCUUUAUUUAUACAGAAAUAAUCCCAAGCUUUCUAUAAUUAAUAGUUCCUUUCUACAUUGCAAAAAAGUGGGAUGAAAUGUAAAAACUGUGACAAGCCAAACAUGGAAAAUGGGAAACACUGGAUAUUAUCUGGCAUUGAUUGGCAUUGUAGAGACACUGGCCCUACAUGGGUGGCAGAGCAUGCUUUUGGCGUUGGGGGUGUGAUAUACUGUAUCACCAUCUGCAAGAGAUUACAAAGUGCAUAUUGGUAACCUUUUGGAGUCAUUUUAACAACCUAAAAUCUGAUGUUCCUAAAGUAGCUAACAUCAGGUGCUAGCAAAUGAAUAAUAGAUUGGCCUGAAGCUGUUAAGCAUAGAAUCUUUGAAAGUCUCUCAGUUUCUCGUAGUGUCUUGCUCCCUAGCGAGUGCCAACAGGGUUGUAGCCAAAACGGGGCCAUGAAGAAGCAAAAGAGGCAGUGGCGUAUCUGCAGAAGUACAAAAAGCUUUAGGUGGGAAAAAGCCCAACGACCCUAAAACAACUCAGUGAAGACUGAUCAUACUCUUUAGGUGCACAAUUCUGCGUGUUGUAGUGGGGAUUUAGAUUGGUGGGUGGUGAGAGGAAUGGUGUAUCUUGGAAGAUAAAAUCUUGUUUUGAGCCCCUCUUGCCAAAGACUGAUAAAUACUAAAUUAGCAAGAGAAUGGGUACAUUAAUAGUGACUGUUGUUCCUUUCAUUACUACUUCAAAUUUUGGGGCACUCUAGAUUUGGAAAAGCAUCGUUGAUUAUCCAUUCCAGGCACUUUGCAUUCUGGAAUGAUAGAUGUGAGAUAUUAAUAUGAAGUCCAUAGUGCAGCUUUUCUGUUGCUGAUGAUGUAUAUGCCAUGCAGAAGAAAAUGGUGUGCAUGUAUGUUUCUGGUUUAUUUCUUGGCCGGGCUAUCUGGUAUUCUGUGGUGCUUUUCUGGCAUAGGCACAUUCCACUUUUGUGUCUCUGCAUUGCCAAUACUGUUGACAUUGUGGAGAAAUGGGGAGUUCACUCCUGAUUCUUCGCAAUGAGGUCUGCAUUCUUAAAUAUGGGAACUAGUAGGGUAAGAAGGGUUGUAUUUCUGGUUCAUAGCCUCUGCUUGUACCACAGCCUCUUCUGAAGCCCCCCACCCCUCUGCUCCAUGUGGCUUCUUUGGGGCAGAAGCAAGGCAUCCUGGGAGCCCAGCCACAGCUGCUGUUUCAGCCUCACCGUAUCCCACCUCUCUUUCCCCAGAAGCGUAAGUGUUGCUGCAUCUUGUGUUUGCUGGUGGAGAAAUGGAAUGGUUAGACAUACUAAGCAUUGCAAAUAUACAAUUUGGGGUGGUAUGUCUGGUGAUGGAAUUUGAGACAGAUCUCUUUUGGAAACCAUGGAAAAAACUGAGGCAAGAUCCUCUUUUAGGAUGGUAGCAUGGAGCCCAAGUCUUCAAUAAGCCCUCUUUACUGGGCCAUGGGAAAAGACUAUAAUUUAUUUGAUAAGGGAUGGGUGGAUAGGACCUGUGUUGCAGCUCUGUGAAGGAUCUCUAGGGUGGUAUAUAUGUGACCAAGGUGGGGAGCUAGAUUUUCAGCCUGAGAUGGAAUUAGUGUGUGAAUUGGAACCAGCUGAUGAUAACAAUUUUGAGUGAAUGGGGGGGGGCAGCACAGGGAGGCCAAUGAAUAGUCCAAAAGGCAGAAAUAAGACUGUAUGUCUUUCUUCCUCAGCAAUGAGCCUUUUCCAGACAUCUCCAUCGCUGCACUUGAGCCAUCUUGGCAGAUAUACUGGCCGGGGUCCAAAGGGCAGGCAAGACUCAGGCAGAUGGUAAGGACUGUAGGUGUCCUCUGUGCUGGCACAAAGUCCCUUUCUGUUCCUCCUCCUUUUUGGAUUGCAAAUAGUGCAGGCUUCCAAAGAGAGUUAUCCUGAAGAGCCCUUGACACAUAUGCUUGUUUUUUCCACAACUGGAAGGUUUGCACCUGUUCUCUGUGCACCCCCCCCCCACAUUGAGAUUUAGUAUUUUCCUUGUGCUCACACUGCCUCUUUCUAUUCAGCAAAAAAAUUCAUAUCUAGGAAACCUGCUUCAUACCAGGUCAGACUGUUUGUCCCCUUAGCCUAGUCUUGUCUGCUAGUAUUGAUUACGGUGGCUCCCCAGGGUCUCAGGCAGGGGGAAGUCCCGUCCCCCCCAGUAACUGCUACUCAAUCCUUUUUAACUGGAGAUGACGGGGGUGGACCCUGGCUCCAGGCUUUUCCCUUUCAGUCUCGUGCUGCUGCUUUUAGUUUCAGUUGUGCUUGUAGUAUUACAGGGUGGCAGCUGCAAAAUUCUCUCAGCCUUUCUCCUGCCCCUCAAGGAUUCUUGUGCCACAGUUAGCCAUGAUGGCUAAAUAGAAUGGUUCAGGGGUGGUAUGCCAAUGGAUACGUGAUACUGGUGGGCAAGGGUGGGGAGGCCUGUCAAUGCCUUUGUGUGCCAAUUGUGGGCUUCCUGGAAGAAUUUUGCUGACUGCUUUCAGAAACAGAGUGCUAGAUAACAUAUACACUCCUUUAUGGUCUUCUGUGAUAUUUGUUGGGGUUGUCAUAGGUCAGUGGCUAAGCAGAAUCAAUCCUGGCCGCACAUUGCAUGGGAGAGUUGAUUGAUGCAGUGAAUCUUAGAGCAGAAGGCCCUGACAUCUUUGGAUAAAACACAUGGUUAUAAAUCUGAGUGACUGCAGUAAUUACAGGUUCCACACAAUUUCUUCCAGGGUAGGGAUAUACAUUUGUCAGACCAUAAUUUUGGUAAUCAGGCUGGGUGUCUCGUGCCCCCUCUCUUUCCUAAGCUUAGGGCCUUUGCAGGGCUGUGUAUUGCUAAGAACUGAAGCUUGGAGGAUCUGGCAUCUCAUGGCUAUUGCUGUCUUAGCUGCUGUGCUGCCAUGUUUUUAGGGACGACUUUGACGCCAAGAAACGGAAGCAGAAAGGUAACGAGCCAUGGGGAGUGAAAAAACCACGGCACGAACCACCCCAGUACCGAGUCCAGUUGGCCUGCUAUGCUGUGAACAGGUAAGGCCAGGAGACCAAGGGGCCCCUUUUGGGGAGGGGAUUGCUGAAUGAACCCUCACGUGUCAGGAAUAGGAGCUUUUCAUGCUCAACAACUAACUGCCUUGGCAGAAAGGAAGUAUAUAAAUGUCACCGUCUUCAUUAUUCUCAACCUUUAGCUGAUGUUGCUUGGGAAUUAGAAACUCACAAAUCAGUAUAGUUAAAAUCAAUGCAGUUUUGGAAGGUUCAUUCCACCAUCUUGUAUCCAAACAUGCACAAAACCUGCUCCUUAAUCUUGAGAACUAUAAUUCAAACUACACUCUUUUGGGGGUUGGCGUUGGCAUCUGUCUGUUUUCUCCAGCCCCUUCUGCGAUGCCAUGGAAAUCUUGAGGCGUUACUGCAGUAUCCAGCUGCCCAAGGAGUUCUAUGAUGUGCGCCUCAGCUGGUUGGACACCUUUCCACUCACUCAGCCACUGACUCUCCGGCACCCCAGCCGCAUCCAGGUAGCCAGUACUGCUGAAGAGGCGCCUCAGGGUGAUGAAGGCACAAUGCAGGAUGCUCAGCCAGAAGAUGCCAACUCUGCAUACAGUGCCAAGGUGAAGGAUUUGGUGGUUGUUCUGUUAACGCAAACCAAAUGGGGGCUGGACCAAGAACUGGCAGAUGUAGUGGGUGAAAACCAGGUGCUGCAAAUAGUUUUAAUGUUUGAGUCAGGCUGAACUUCAAGCUUAUUUGCGCACCUGUUGAGCUUCACCUUCUCUGUCACUAAUGCUUCAUCCCAUCAUACCUGUGAGAGUCCAUACUAGGGCGUCAAACUACUUUCCCCUUGCAGACUCAGCUAAAGCCCAGUGUUGCUUUGACCAUGCUAUCCAUGCUGAGUACAGCACUACAGUACAGUACAGAUUCAGCUGAGGCUGACUAGGUGUCCUGGGAUUAACUGAUUCUUUUUGCCCAUACAUGGCUGGUGCCCAACAUAAAGGGAAUACAGUGGAUGCUCAGGUUGCGAAUGUGAUCCGUGCGGGAGGCACGUUUGCAACCCAAAGUGUUUGCAACCUGCAGCGCCGCAUCUGCGCACGUGCAGGUUGCGAUUCGGUGAUUCUGCGCAUGCGCAAAGCGUGAUUUAGUGCUUCUGCACAUGUGUGAGUGCCGAAACCGGGAAGUAACCCGUUCUGGUACUUCCGGGUUCGGCGUGGUGCGCAACCCAAAAACGCACAACCUGAAGUGUCUGUAACCCGAGGUAUGACUGCACUGGGAACUGCUUGGCAUUCCUGGGGUUCCCACACAUUCACCUUCAACUAACAGAACUUGCAUAUGCACCUGUCUCUUGGUGUUUUAAAGAAGAAAAAUGAGAGAGGUGGUAAAGACGAUGACUUCUUUGUUGUACAUCAAAUUCUGCCUACGUAUGUUUGUUGAAGAUAACAGACAUAUGGAAACCAUAAGCUUUGGUGCCACUUCCUUCACCUUCCCUUUAGCUAGUAGCCUCUUCUUCAGAUUCUGCGUACGGCUCUGUGGCAUUGUCGGAUUUGGAGAAAGAUCUGGGCCCUUCUCGGUGUUUUAUAUAUCUAAGACAUUUAUAUCCAGUUUUUCCAUUAAAAUGUUCGACGUGGCUUACAGUUGUUUUUUUUUAUUAAAAAGGUCAUAAAAAAAAUACAAGGCAGCAGCAGUUAAAAACAGUAUCUAUGAAUUAAAAACUAUAAAAAUAUGUAAGAGCAGUUUACCCGUUGCAUAACAUUUUGCUAACCCCUUUUCAGGAUCAACCAUGCAAUAGCCUGUCUGCAAUAGGGGGUGGGAGUGAGGCGAGGUCACUCUAGUACCUAUGAAGCUGUAUUAUACCAAGUCAGACCAUCCUCUCCAGAGAGCCACUCUGAUGUGAUGGUAGCUGUCUAGAACCCUGGACAGAGGUAUUUCCCUUUUUGAGAUACCAGGGAUUGAACCUUCAGCUUUCUACAUGAAAUGCUUCUUCCUUUCUGCUAAGAUAUUGGUCCCUCCCCAAUGUAGGUUUUGCUGCUUUCUUCUCCGGGCAUUGAAGAAUUUUACCGCAAUUGUUUGCUAUAUAUUGAAGAUCCCAGUGACCAGAGGGAGAGUCCUGAGCACCCAACUAAGCAAAUUAAGGUGAGAAUCUUCUGGUUCAAGAGAGGGCGGCCUAGAGGGAUGCCAGACUUUACUCUUAGCCUUGUGCAAGAACUAGGGAGGGUGAAGCUACUCAGAUAACUGGGAAGAAUAUCCAUGAAAAAAAUUUGAGAAGCAGGGUCAGGUGGGAGACUGAAGAGUGAUUCAGGGAAAAUGCAUUGAUGAAUAUAUUCUCUAGUGCCCUGACCUAUGGUUUAAAACAAUAAAUUUGAAUAGAUUACAAAUGUAUGGGCAGAAUAUUGUGAUUUCUUUUCCUAUGUGGGAGUGAACUUCUGUUCCACUGAGAUCUGGAACGACUUUCUUCUCCUGUGAAAGGGCUUUUAUUCCCACCUUUUCCUCUGUGGUACCAGGAAUACCAUAUCUAGAGACUAAAGAUUUUAGAUGAUGUAGGUAUUGCUUUUGAGAGUAUACAUUUGGGGUCAACAACAAGCUUACCCCCACCUACAAACUACUGUGGGAUGUUGGCUGCCUUCUCUAGGAGCAGGUACAGUUGGGCUUCCUUAAGGUCUUCUAGCUAGAUGAUGUACAAAGUGCCUUAGAUCCCUUGCCCCAUUCCCCGCACUCAACCUAGAUGAGGUUCCUUUUCUAUAGCUGGGAGGCUGAUGCUGACAGUAACAUGUUUUCAGCCCUGCUUGUGGUUCCCUGCAUUUUGGAUUGGUCAGGUUGUGGUCUGUAAGAGGCUAUUCUAGCCAUGAAGCAUUAGGUUAGACUUGAUGCCUUUUGGUCUCUUCCAGUUUUCAGUGGGUAAGGAGCCAUGCUGAUUAGUCAGGUGUGGUUGGGGGCUGGGGUAGCAGGAGUUGGGGGUAAUCAAGGCAUCUCCCUGAGCUCAGUCACCCUCCAAGAUCUGGGUAGUAUGUCUCCUUACAGUCUCUCUUUCCUUAGUUCUUGCUGAGAAAGAAAGCAGACGAAGCAGUGCUGAUUGGAGGGGAGUGGUCCCCAUCUCUGGACGGUCCUGACCCAGCUGCAAACCCUAUGGCUCUGAUUCACACAGCCAUUCGUUGCACCAAAGCGCAGAUUGGUUUGGACUUGAGUGCUUGCACUAAGUGGUGAGUCUAAGUGGUGUUGGGACUGGAGACUAUGGGUCUGUUUAGAGCUGGGGUGGGGAACAUUUCAGCCCAGGGGUUGCAUUCCCUUGUGGGCAACUUUUCGGGGGCUGCAUGCCAGUGGUGGGUGGGGCAAUGGCUUUAUUUAUAUCCUACCCUUCGUCUUCCCUUUCUGCAAAAAUGCACAUGUACCUCCCAAUCCAAGGAAACGAGAGGUGUUAUCACAGUUCGGGGCAAAUUCUAGCCAGACCAAAGCACUCAAGGGUGGGGAGCAGGGCUGCUAAGGGGAGUCACCCAGGGAGAGGCCUGAGAGCCACAUUCAGCCUCUGAGCCAGGCCUGAGGUUUCCCCACCCUGGUUUGGAGAGAGAUUCAUGCAAACUAUCAGCCAGCCCUUAUUUAUUUAUAUAUUGCCUUUCCACAUGAUAUGUUCAAGGAAGUUUACAUCAAAACUGAUAAUGUGAAAUCAAUAGAAUCUUGUUACCUGGGAUCCCAGGUGAAUGAUCAUUACAGUGGUUAAAAGGUAAAGGUACCCCUGCCCGUACGGGCCAGUCGUGUCCGACUCUAGGGUUGUGCGCCCAUCUCACUUAAGAGGCCGGGGGCCAGCGCUGUCCGGAGACACUUCUGGGUCACGUGGCCAGCGUGACGAAGCUGCUCUGGCGAGCCAGCACCAGCGCAGCACACGGAAACGCCGUUUACCUUCCCGCUAUAAAGCUGUAACUAUUUAUCUACUUGCACUUAGGGGUGCUUUCGAACUGCUAGGUGGGCAGGAGCUGGGACCGAAAGAUGGGAGCUCACCCCGCCGCGAGGAUUCGAACCGCCGACCAUGUGAUCGGCAAGCCCUAGGCGCUGAGGUUUUACCCACAGCGCCACCCGCGUCCCAUUACAGUGGUACCUCGGUUAAGAACUUGAUUCAUUCUGGAAGUCCGUUCUUAACCUGAAACUGUUCUUAACCUGAGGUACCACUUUAGCAGUGGGGCCUCCCGCUGCCGCCGUACCGAUUUCUGCUCUCAUCCUGAAGCGAAGUUCUUAACCCGAGGUACUUCUGGGUUAGUGGAGUCUGUAACCUGAAGCGUCUGCAACCUGAGGUACCACUGUAGAUCUGAUCAGUUUGAUUGAGUUAAGGGGGAUGUACUUGGUAACCAUAUCUUUGAAUUUCCAGAUAGAUUUUAAUAGUUGUAGGAACACAUGCAGCUGCCUUAUACUGAGUCAGUCCAUUGGUCCAUCUGGCUCAGGAGUGUCCACGCUGACUGGCCGUGGCUCCAGGGUUUCAGGCAGGGAGCCUUCCUCCAGCCCACCUGCAGAUGCCCAAGACUGAAGCUGGGACUUUCUGCAUGCAAAGCAUGGGUUCUUCCCCUGAGCUAUGGCCCUUUCCCGUUUAGGCAGAGUAAAUGCCUGUUUUGCUGUUGGCAUACUAUAUCCUAUAGUUGAAACGGGGCCAAAAAUAAAACACAUUAUAACAUAAAACUUUCUGGGUGUCCCCCCUGCCUUCAGAAGUGAGGUGGGUAGAGACUGGAAAAAGUUCCUUCUUGGUUGUGUUCCCCAGCUGUGGAAACCCCUUUCCAGGGAAUAUCCCCAGUGCCUCUUCUGUCUGUUUGGCACCAUGCAAACCCCUUUUUAUGUUUCCAAGCUUUUCAUCUGUUUUUCUUUCCCCCUUUUAAAUGUUGCUGCUGUGUUGCUUUUAUGGCUUGCGACUUUCAUUUUUUAUUGUUCAUUAUUUAUGUUGAUAUUUUUAGGGUUUUACAUAAGCUGCCUGGGGCACCAUAUGAAUACAGGCUAGGUAUAAAUGCCUAGAAUGAAAAAAAAGUGAAACUACAAGUCAUUGUUAGAAAGGGACUUGUCUGUGAUUUGGAGCAGACGGCCUGUGCAUGCAGCUUCAUGCUCAGGGACUGCAGAAGACUCUGCGAUCAGAAGAAGUAUUGAGCAGAUUAUGGCGGGCGGCAACAAAGGAAGAUGUGCCAGAGCACAGGAUUGUCGUCCCCGGGGCCCGGGGCCCGGGGCCCUUUUUGCUUACCAUCUGCCGCCAUUGCUUCUCCUGUGAUGGGAGACCAGAUUGGUGGGGUGGAGGGUAAAGCUUCUGUUCAUACUGCCAAGCAAUACAAAAGCCCACUAGUCAUAUUAGUCUGUUAGAACAAAUUUUAAAAAAUGGUUAUGUGGCACCUUUGAGGCUGAUUUAACUGUGGCAUCAGCUUUCCUGGACUAGAAGCCUAAUAAUGCAUCCGGUGAGGAGUACUUUUAGUCCAUGAAUAUUGAUACAACACAAAUCUGUUCAUUUUUAAGAUGCUACAGGAUUCGUUCCCUGUUUCUCAUUUUAUCAUUCAGAAGCACAGCAGCAUGUCAUUAUUGCUUGGCUAGCUUGACCACUAGGUGGCUGCCUUUUUAAUGAGAUAAAGCAAGCAAAUCGGUUUUGUUGAGUCUCAGCUUUAUGCAUGUGCUAUGCAAAAUUACGUUGAUUUUAUUCUGGAAAUUUAUUGCUGCAAUGUAAGAGGGCUAUUUUUCAGAAAUGCCUACAGCACUAGUUUCUUUUUUGGCAGAACUGAAAUGGCUAUGGCAGGGGUCGGGAAUCUUUUUUGGCCAGAGGCUAGAUACUGUCCUCAGGGCUAAACGCAAAGGAACUCUUUGCCAGCAGCAAGCAGCAGCUUAGUGCUGGACAGCAAACGCUGUUUUUUCCAUUUGUAACUUAACAUUUUCCCUUUGCAGUCCCACAAACCUGUUGCUUCUUCAGAAGAUAAAUGCCUACAGGUGUGGUUUGAAUUCAAACCAAGCUGCAGAUAGACAAUUUCAAAAGGGCUUGUCAGUUACUCCCGCUUUUCAAGAAACCAUCAGCAGCAUGCUUUAAGCUCCUCAUUGCUCCUUUGCAGCCAUGUCUUUACCUGCCUGUGGGGCAGGUGGUCGUGAUUUGGAGAAAAUUGCUUUAAGGGCCAGUCUAGAAACUCUUCCAGGCCUAAUUCUGGCCCAUAACCUGGCAGAGGUUCCCCAUGUCUGGCAUGGGAAUGUCUGGGAUUAUGACCACAUUUUUCAAGUCUGCUUCUUAAAAAAAUAAAUAAAUUGAUAAGAGCUAGUGUGUACUUUAAAUAACCCCAUGAAUCAAAGAGUUCUGUAGUUAAUGAUGAAGUUGUUUCUGCCCUUUGUGAGCUGAGAGCAUCCUCUCCUCUGUUUACCUUCUGGGUCCCCUUCCUCUCACCUGUAGUGGUGAAGCAAUGGCAGCCUCCUUUUGAGCCAUCACUAGCGGGGGGCGGGGAGCAAGAGCCUUCUUUGUGGGUGGGAAGCAUCAAUACACAGAAUAGGUGGAGUUGCAGAAAACAUGGGUGGAUACGGGUCUCACUGCCCAGACUCAAGGGCUUUUGCUCAGUUCUUGGGGCUUGGGGAGCUGCUUCUAGGGAAAGCCCAUCUGUGCUGCCAUCCUAACUGAGAACUGUGUGCCACUGGUUCCCUGGAAGUCCAGCAGAUGCUUUUGCACAUGAGCUCCUUGGAGUCAGUGAAUACUUCAUAAGCUCAGACCUCCAGCCAAUCGACAUGGAGGGGAGAAGCCGGAACUUGGAAUACAUUGGUUUGGUUAGUAGCAGCAUGGCUAUAUAUAGAUUCCUUGCACUGGGUAACCAUGGCAACAGAUCUUAUUUUGCUUAAACCUGACUGCACAUGUGACUUGUUUGGGAAGUAACAGAUGCAGGAAGAUGGGAGCUUCUGGGCCUUUAAAGCUUUGCCACCUGUUGAAUUCAGUCUUGGGUUGGAGUACUCGUCCCUCUUCUUCUGUUCUCUAGUGCUGAACAAAGUCAAAUGUUUCUGGAGUGAAGUCUAAUGGCAGGGGCAACUGCAGUGAGCGAGGCUAGCAGAAUGAAUGACACUCAGGUUCUGGAUUCUGGAACCAUUACAGGCCAAGAGCAGCAACAGAGCUUGGCUGGUCACUGGAUUUUGUGGAAGGAAUCCGUCCUGGGCCAGCAUUCAUUGGGCAACUGUUGCCAACUUGGAUGGAAAGUAGAUCUUCUCCAGUAGCGUUUGGCUGAGUCUCACUAGUUUAUUUAUUCAUAAAAUGUAUAUACCACAAUAGACAAAGAAAUCACUUAAUUGACUUACGGGGGAAAGGAUUAUAAUAGUAAACCAGUGGCCCCACCUGUGCACUAUACAUUUAAGCUGAACAAAAUAACACAACACGAUGGCCAAUAGCAAUGGCACUAAACACUAUUUAUAGACUAAUACAAAUGAUCAGAAAUUGCAACCAAAGUCUCGAAAUCUUCUUCACCGGUCGCGGUGGAAUAAUUCAAAAAUUUGAUCUAUACAUAAUCUGUCACCAAAUAUCGCCGGAACAGAGUUUCCGGAUAACCAAUCUGUUUUGUUCAAUUCUUCAUCAGCCAGACUUGUAAGAAUUAAUAUGAGAAGGAUGCAGUUCAGUUUCUUAACAAGAUAUAAGUAAAUAUAAAUGCUGUAGGAAAUAUGCUAGUUAGAUUUUCAUUGUUUUAUUUAAUUGCAUUAUGAUCCACUGACUGGAUGGGGUACUGUUUUCAUCUGGUGUUUAGUGCCUUCCCGCCGUAGCAGUACCUAUUUAUCUACUUAUGUCAGGCAUUCUUGCUGUUAAUGUUGUGCUGUGUCUUUAAUUUUCCUUACAGUAUAUUAGUUUCACUUGUGGCUAACUAUAUUAUGUUCUUUACAAUUUGUUACCAGCAUCAGUGACUACCGUAUCAUAUCAGCACUGAUCCAGAGCAUAUUUCCUACAUCAUUUAUAUUUACUUACAUCUUGUUAAGAAAUUGAACGGCAUCCUUCUCAUAUUAAUUCUUACAAGUCUGGGUGAUGAAGAAUUGAUCAAGAUUGGCUGAUGAAGCAUUGAACGAAACAGAUUGGUUAUCUGGAAACUCUGUUCCGGCGAUAUUUGGUGACAGAUUAUGUAUAGAUCAAAUUUUUGAAUUAUUCCACCGCGACCGGUGAAGAAGAUUUUGAGACUUUGGUUGCAAUUUCUGAUCAUUUGUAUUAGUCUAUAGUGUUUAGUGCCAUUGUUAUUGGCCAUCAUGUUGUGUUAUUUUGUUCAGCUUGUCUAUAUUGCAACAUAGAGGUCUGUUCACUAUACAUUUAAGGCAGUAUCAUUCCGUUUUAAACACCUGUGGCUUCUCCCACAGGGCUGUGGGAGCUGCAGUUUGUUAAGGAGGUUGAAAGUUGUUAGGAGACAAUUCCGCUCACAAAGCUAUAAGGAAUUGAUGAUAUAUUCCUAUGAGGGAAAUAGGGAUCUCCUCGCAACUUUAAUGCCCCCGCCCGAUUCUUUGGGGGAAGCCCACAGCUGUUUAAAGUGGAAUGAUACUGCUUUAAAGGUAUCGUGCAGAUGUGGGGAAGUAUCAAUUCUUAUAAAAAUACAAUAAAUUAAAACUUUUAAAAAGCUAACUAAAACAGAAGGUAAUUUUAUACCAUAGAUAAAACUGAGUGGUGCAUAAAGAGAAAAAAAGUAUAAGCAUUAGGAAUCAGAGUCCAGGGAACUUUGGGUAAGCAUAUAUGUAUUUAAAGCUGUUUACUGCCUCUGUUUCUGCAACCACCUGAGGGAGGAAAUUCCAAAGGCGGAUGCCACCACCAAGAAUGCCAACUUCCAUGUUGUUGCCAAGCAGCAAAACCAGCAGGGACAACCAACAGGGUUUCCUUGGAAGAUCUUAAAAGCUGGUUUGGUCAGUACUCGGGAAGGUGGUAUGCUAGAUUAAUGGCCGCUGCACACGCAAUUCUCUUCUUUAGGUGAAUGCCAAACAUGUUAUACAUGUACAUGUAAAGUGUGAAUGCUGAGAACAUGUGCUGGCAUAGAGAGAGGCCUCUCCAGAGUUUUGAGUUAGUCUGCCAAUUGAGUGUGUGUUUGGUGCCAAACCCACGCCUGCUGUUGUGUAAUGGGUGAAGUAGCCUACGAUACAAAUUGUUCAGAUCCCUGAAUAUAUUGAAGACUCAAAAGAACUGAAAAUCAUUUUAAGGUGCAGCUUAAAAACUGGUGACGGUAAUGGGGCUUGGAGUGGGGAGAGAUCAGCUUUUGAAAUAUAUUUCCCCAAAGCAAAAGAUGAACACUUAUGAGACUAUGUUGAAUCUAUAUCUGUAUUUUUAGAACAGAAUUGGUGAUGCUGAGGAAAGGGAGUCCAGGAAUGUGUGUGACCUCCUUAGUAUUGUCAGAUGAUGGGAACAAAUGAGCCCGGCCACACAGUACAGCCAGGGUGGGGAACCGUUUUUCUGACGUGGACCUUGUUCUUUCAGGGAUAAUCAGUAGUUGGGAGUGGAAGGGAGUGGAGCACCCCUUUCCCCCUCUCUCUCUGCCCUUCCCUUUCCCCCCACCUGAAAUAAGGCUGAGAGCUGCAGGUUGCUCUCCUCCACAUUACAGGCAAAAAGGUCCCUGCAUUGCUGGCUGCUGGCUGGUAUGAGUCAAUAUCCCAGGAGUCCCAUCUCCUCCUCCUCCUCCUCCUCCUCCUCCUCCUCCUCUAUCCUGAUGGCUGACAAAUCCAUUCUGUAGGUUCUUUUUCCCCCCAAAAGGGAGAAAUGCAAAUAGCAUUACAUACACAGGUCAUUUAAGUAUAUCCUCAUUAUCUAAUUUGUAGAGCUUAGUGUGUCUGAGUCCCCUCUUGUGACCUUUGGGGAAGGAAUCCUCACAGUACUUACUGGCUCAUUGCUGUGACAUUUCUGCAUUUUUCAGAAAUCAUUCUGUAUUUUGCUGCUUGUUUUGCUGCUUCUCUAGGAAUGAGGCAACUUCCUGUGGGAGUCUUGCAUCCCUACACACUUUCUGCAUUUGCAAUCAAGCCAUCCCCACUCUACUUCUUGAAUUUAGUGUGAUCUCUCAAGGAGGCUGAUCCUGAUUUACUUUGGCCUUGGCUCCAUGGGUUGGAUGGAGAGUGUUUAGCAGGAACCACCCUGAGUCCUGUAACUGACCUGGGAUGCACCCAGCUCUUUCCUUUUGGGACCACCAGGAGCGGCAUAGACUUGGAACAGAUAGGAUUGAUCAAGACCUAAAAGGCUCUUGGUCUCAGUGACCAAGGAAAGAAACCAUUCUGUAAAGAGCCUGCAUACCAGCUGCAGCAGAAGAGCUUGGUGGGGCUGUACAGCCCUCCUGAGAACGGGCCUUUUUGUGUCCUGUUGUGUCUCAAUUCUCUCUCCAAUCGCUGCUCACCAGGUUCCGGUUUGCAGAGUUCAGAUACCUGCGUGAGGGAAACCCAUCUCAUCAGGAGAGGACAGUGGUCUUCUUGCCAGACAUUUGGAGCUGCAUGCCAUCUCUUGAAGAAUGGGAGGCCUCAUGCAAGCAGAAAGCAGAAAAAGCUGCUGCACCAUCAGAAGAGAAAGUGGAGAUGGUAAGAAUGGGUUGGUGUUGGACAGAAAGUUAACCAGAGCAGAGAGAAAUCAGAGGCACCUGGUAACCUACAGCAUGAUAGCUUAAAAGGAGGGUUUUUAAAUAUUUUAUUUAUUUAUUUAUUUAUUUAAGGCACUUUUAUACCACUUGGGAGAAGGGCCAUUUGAUUCCCAGCAUCUACAGGUAGGGCUGCAUGAGACCCCUGCCUGAAACCCAUUUUAGGGAGUUGCUGCCAUUCUGUGUAGACAGUAUUCAAUGGGCUGUUGGUCUGACUUGGUAUAAGACAGGUUUCUAGGUUCCUGUGACUUCAGUCAUGGGACAGUCCUUGUCUCCCAGGCUUUGUGGGGUCACGCCACCAGUUUAAGAACACAGUUGGGAAGAGGCUUUGGCUUCAGAUUGAAGCUAGACAUUAGCCUUGGCUCAGGAGUAUGUACUUCAUCCAACUUAGGGGUUGUUGCAUCCAGUGCUUACUGAAAUGCAUAUGCUCCUAAACAGGAAGAGGAAACUGUGCAGUCCUCUGAACAAGGCUUCAAGCAGGAGUCCAGCGAACAGGAGGUAGACUCGGCUGAGCCUGUCCCUGAGCCAGCUCUUGAGACCUCAGCACCUGAGCCAGAGAUUCCAACUCCUCCCCUGGAGCCUACCAUAGUUGCUCACCUUCAGCCGGCACUGCAGGGUGGCCAGCCCAGCUGCACCAACAUCUCCCUUUGCUCUCUGCUGGAGUACAGGCGGCAGCGGGAGAAGCUCUCCUUUGAGGUAGGCUUCAUUUUCUUUGGGAUCUGGCUUCUACAGGGAGACUCUCUUCUUCUGGCUUCUCUUGGCACCUCCUCUUUCUAGCUGAAAUUUGAGAUUUGCCUUUUGGGGCGCAUAUCUCAGGCAAGCUACCACACUUAUGUUCCUAUCAGCUCAGUAACCUUUUAUGGUGUUUGAAGUUCAUGGAAACUAGUAGAAGUUACUGAGGAAGCUCUGGUGUGACCAUGAAUGUCUGCUACUUCCUCUGCUCCAGCUACCUGUCUGCAUAAGGGGUGCAUGGGAGGAGAGGAUGCUAGAAGACGAGUAGAACAUCUGCUUUGCAUGCAGAAGGUCCCCGUUUCAAUCCUCAGCCUCUCCACAUAGGACUAGAAAUGCCCCCAUGUCCUCUCUGAAGAGUCACUGCCAGUCAGUGUAGGCAGUACUGCAGCAGAUGGACCAGAGGUCUGACUCUGUAAAGAGCAGCUUCCUAUUUCCCUCGCAGACAACAGUGUUGUGAUCAGUAGGGCCUUAAGAAGUUGUAUUUCUAAAGGGUGGUGGUGGAUGAGCCUUUGCACUUGGAGCGAGGGGAGAAGAAUGUCAAGGAGGCUUGGUGCAGAUAGGUCUAAGGUAGAGUGAAUUGCAGUUUAUACGAGCAUAAGUGUCAGGGGUUCAGGAGCAGAGGCAAGGGCAAGGGAGGAAACAGAGAGCGAGGGGGAGGAGGCAGAAGAAAAGAUGAGUGAUGACGACGACCCGAGAUCUCCGAGUCUUUCCAGUGAAUCAGAAGAUUCACAGAAAGGAGCACCAGUGGCCAGGGCAAGGGGAGCCUAGGGGACGCCCCAGGAAGAUAGAGCCAGAGGGGACUCAGAGGGAGCAGUUGGAACUCGGGACCAGCGUCUCCGCCAGUGAGCAGGGAAGUGGAAGGGCUACAGGGAUCAAGCGCUUGCAUCUCCCUAACGGGGGGAGGGCACGAGUCAGGAGUGGCCACACCUCCAUCGGGGAGCGAAGAAACGGUCAGACGGAAGGUGGACGGUUGGGCGCGCGCAUGAGUUCAAAUGCACAGGAAGGUGGCACAGUAGGCAGCCCGGAAGGGAGCCAGGUCCUAAAGCCCGCCGAAAGGAGGGAGAAGAGUCAGGGGGGUCAGCGUCAGAGGAAUCCCGGAAAGAAGAGACCCCAGGGGGCAGAGGGACCCAGAGAAGAACAGUCAGGCGGAAAAGGUGGAGCAGGGCUAGGAUAUUAAGUUGGUGUACAAGGGGCGGAGACUCAGACGGAGCUUCGCCGGUCUAACCAUGAGACGUAGAGUUGCACGCAGCAGUUUGAGAAUGGAAACUGUAACUCAAUAAAGACUUUUGUUUAAUGAUCGCUGGCUAGCGUGAUCCUCUGUGAGCUAGGAUCUGGAAGCAGCUCUGACAGUAAGCUCCGUCCCUAUAAAUUGUGGGCAUCUACAGCCUCGCGGAGAGGAGAGAAAGCGGGUGCCUACUAGCGAGCUCACGAAAGGCAGACAAUAUGACGGCCGAACAGCAGAUAGCGGAACUCAGAGAAGCAGUGUCACGACUGAAUGCCGAGGCUCUUGCAUCCAGGAAGAGAGAGGAGGACGCAGCUGCCGCCUACAGGGAUCUCCAGGUCAGGUUGGAAGUGCUUACGAAGCAAGGGCAACUGACACCCAAACCGGAGGGAUUGGGUUGGGGAGACGAACAGGCGGUCUGGUCUCUCACUUCGAUGGGAAUUUGCAACAGUACCCCAACUUUAGAGCAGAUGUAAUGUGUGCACUGCAACUGCUGGACAAAGACUUUAGAGAUGAGCAAGAGAAGGUGGGAUUCAUCAUGUCCCAUUUGCAUGGAGAUGCUAAAGCAUGGCUGCGCAAUUUGUGGAGAGAUAAGGAUCCGGCGCUCCAAAAUGCGGAUGCCUUUAUUAAAGCGAUGGAUGGGUGCUUUUAUUCAAGCAUUGACGUGGAUCUUGCUCGGCAGCAGAUACAUGGACUGAGGCGCGGGAGGACCAGCGUAAGGCAGGACCAUGCCCGCGUUUUCGCGUGGGUGAGUGCUCUGGAGUGGGACAGAGAGGCGGCUCCUGUCUGACACCUGGUUUGGGAGGGAUUGCACGUCUCGGUUAAAGAUGAAAUUGCGAGGGGAGAGACCCGGACCACGCAGGAGAUCGUUCAGAGGGCGCUGGCGGUGGGGGUGCGGCUGGAAGAACGUCCGUGGAGCAGGGACGAAGGGCGUGGAGGGCGCGAACCAGCCAGGGGCUCCUCCUUCCUUCCCAGAGAAGCAGCGCGUGCGCAAUCCACGCCUCCGCCAGGAGGAGGAGCGGAACCUAUGGAGGUUGGAGGUGCAAGGGCUCAGUCAGCAGCCAGAGCCCUAGCACCGGCAGCAGUGACCGCGAAGCCUCCUAGAGGGAACAGGAAGUGUUACAUCUGCGAUGCUCCACAGCAUAUGGCGAAAGAGUGUCCCCAGAGGCUCCACAAGCACACUGCAGCUUCAGCAAUGGUAACUGCAGCAACGCAGCAAGGAGAACCACAGCAGGGAAACGACGGAGUCUGGUUGGAGGAAGAGGCACUGGGGCCCAGCCAGACGUGUCAGUGAAGCAGUCCCCAGAGAUUUUACAGCCCAUGGACCCCCUCCCGCCCAAACCAGUAGUGAGGCUCACCGCGUCGCUCCAGCUGCCCAAUGGAAUCACCAUGGACGUGCCAAUCACCAUUGACUCCGGAAGCAAUGCGGACUUUAUAGGGCAGGACUUUGUCGACCGGCACGCUAUACAGUUGCUGCCUGCCACGCUGCCCCUGCAGGUUGUCACGGUGGAUGGCAGGGAGCUGCUAGGGGGGCAAGUGGUGAAGCAGACGCCACCAAUGGUGAUGCGGCUUGGGAAUCACAGGGAAAUCAUCAGCUUCAAUGUCACUCAACUAUCGGACACGCCCAUUGUAUUGGGCAUGAGUUGGCUGGACAAGCACAGCCCGACGCUGGCUUGGUACCAGAGGCAGCUGACCUUCGGCUCUUCCUUUUGCGCUGAACACUGCAUCGUGCCCCGGCAGGAAGGAGAGGAAGAGGAGUCACAGCUGCAGCUAGGCACGCUGCAAGCGGUUCCCCACAAGUACGCAGAAUUUUUGGAGGUUUUCUGCGAGAAGGAGGCAGACAGGCUACCCCCCCCCACAGACCAUAUGACUGCAAAAUUGACCUGCUGCCGGCGGCGCUGCCCAAAGGGAAGCUGUAUUCCAUGUCUGAGGACGAACUGCAGGAACUCAAAGAGUUCAUAGAUCAUAAUUUGGAGCGCGGUUUCAUCCGAGAGUCCAAGGCAGCGGGGGCAGUCCGGUAUUCUUUGUUAAGAAGCGGGACACGCCCCAGAAAAGACUUGUAGUGGACUAUCGCAUUUUGAACAGCGUGACCAAGCCAUCGGACUUCCCCAUGCCCCGAAUCGACGACCUCCUCGCAAAGGUACGGAAGGGCAGCGUGUUCACUAAGUUGGACCUGCAAGGGGGCGUACAACCUCAUUCGCAUGCGGGAAGGAGAUGAGUGGAAGACAGCCAUGUUUACGCCCCUGGGCACCUACGAAUAUAGAGUUAUGCCUUUUGGAUUGCAAAAUGGUUCCCACGUUUUCAAGCGUUCAUGCAUCACGUGUUGGCGGGGCUCCUCUACAAGACGUGCGUCUGUUUCUUGGAUGACAUCCUGAUCUUUUCGGAAUCGCAGCAGGAGCAUGACAGACACGUCAAGGAAGUGCUGAGCAGGCUACAGCAACAUAGGCUUUACGCCAAGCUGGAGAAGUGCCAAUUCGACGUGACGGAGGUGGAUUUCCUGGGCUACAAGUUGUCUGAUAAAGGGCUCGCCAUGGACAGCGCCAAGGUCCGAGCAGUGUUGGAUUGGAAAAGCCCACGCAACCGGAAGGAGGUCCAACGGUUUGUCGGCUUUGCGAACUUCUAUCGCAAGUUUAUCAAAGGCUUUGCCAUGCAGACAGCGGCCAUCACGGACACGCUCAGCUCCAAGAAAAGAAGUUCAUCUGGACAGAGCAGGCGGAGCAGUCCUUUCCAGGCACUCAAGCGUCUCUUCGCGUCGGAAGGGCAACUGCUUCAUGUCAACCCCAGCAAGCCGAUGAGGGUGGAGACAGACGCUUCGGACAGAGCCGUGGGAGCAGUCCUGCUGCAGAAGGACCCGCAGGGGUUUGGAGGCCGGGAGCGUUUUACUCAAGGAAGCUCAGCAAGUCCGAACAGAACUACACCAUCUGGGACAGGGAGUUGCUGGCCAUUCAUGCAGCGUUCAAAGCGUGGAGGCACUUCCUGAUCGGCGCCAAGCACACGGUGCAGGUCUGCACGGACCACAAGAAUCUAGAGCACUGGCGCACGGCACAGUUCCUGAACCAGAGGCAGAUACGUUGGGCUGAGUUCUUUGCGAAUUUCGACUUCCGAAUAGAGUAUGUCCCGGGGGACACCAACAUCAUGGCGGAUGCUCUCUCCCGUAAGCCGCAGUAUCUGGAGGAGGCAACGCCAGCGGCCGCCAUGCACAUCUUCGCACCGACAGUGUGGGCGUGCACGGCGGCAACAGUUGACCUGGAGGCGGUGCGACGAGCGUUGCAGGAUGACUCCUUCGCGCAAGCAAAGAUGGCAGAGGCGCACAGGGGCACGGCAGCGACCGACGAGUUCCAGCUGCGAGAUGGUUUGCUCAUCCGUAAAGGGGCCAUCUACGUGCCGGGAGACGAACUUCGCGCCAAGGUACUGCAGCAGCUGCACGACGCGCCCACUGCCGGGCACUUUGGCAAGGAGAAGACGGUGGAAUUAGUAGCCAGAGACUUCUGGUGGCCAGGAAUGAGAGGGAAGUCGCGGACUACGUGGCGAGGUGUGACACCUGCCAGAGGGCCAAACCAGUGCACAGACCGCCGGCCGGAUUGCUGGAACCGCUGCAAACUCCGUUCGAACCAUGGGAGAGAGUGGCCCUGGACUUUGUCACGGAUCUGCCCAGCUCGAGGGGCAAGACGGCUGUGCUGGUGGUGGUGGACUUGUUCUCCAAGAUGGCACAUUUCAUUCCGUGUGCGAAGGUGGCCACGGCGGAACAAACCGCCAAACUGUUCAUAGACCACGUGUUCAAGGUUCACGGUCUGCCGCGGUCUAUUCUGUCCGACCGAGGGCGACAGUUCAUCUCGAACUUCUGGCAGAGGCUGAUGGGCUUCCUGAACGUCAAGAUCAACCUGGCGUCGGCUAGACACCCGCAGACCAAUGGGCAAGCGGAGCGGGUCAAUGCCAUCAUGCAGCAGUACCUGAGAUGUUAUGCGAAUCAACAGCCUGCGACGUGGGUGGAUUACCUGCCUCUCGCCGAGUUCGCCUACAACAACACGAAGCACGUGUCCACGGGGGUCACGCCGUUCUUCGCCAACAACGGGAGGCACCCCAGAACCUUCCCGGGACUGGAAAGAAUGGGGGAGGGGAGCCGCAGACAGCAGAUGCAUUCGCGUCGGAGUUGCAGGAGGUCCACGAUCAGCUGCGGCGGCACCUGGAGCUGGCUAAACACGCAUACAAGGUACAAGCGGACAAACACAGAAGGGUUGGCGAAGAGAUCCAUGUGGGAGACUGGGUCUGGUUAGCAGCCCACGCAGUGCCGGCCAGGUCGUUGGCGAAGAAGAAACUAGGGCAUAAACAACUGGGGCCCUACCAAGUCGAAGAACAGGUCAACCCGGUGGCUUUCAGGCUGGCUCUUCCGGAGGGUUCCAGGAUGCAUCCGGUGUUCCACAGAUCGGUGCUCACUCCAUACAAGGCACCUCACAGGUUUCAGGAACCAGGAACGGCACCGGGUCCGCUCCGAGAGAGAACCGGGCAGGGCGGGAGGAGCGCAUCAACGAAGCCACGGAGAUUUUGGACUCCAGAUGGGGGGAAGAGGGGGUAGAAUACCUUCUCGCCAAGGAGGGCACCCCGGCCAGUGCCAACAGCUGGGUGCCGGGCUACGCUUUAGACAAACCUCUGCUCAAAGAAGAGUUUCAUGCCCUCUUCCCACAUAGGCCAAUGCCAGCAGACUUUUUCGACGACUGGCUUUUCAUGCCCACGCUUUCAGCCAGCACGUUCCGGGGGUUCGACUCGGACGAGGAACCGACACGAGACGCCCGUUCCCCGGAGGGGUCACCCUCGGGAUCUGCUUCAGAACCCUCGUAUUGGUGGGAUGAUCGACCAGAGGAGCAGUUCCGCAGAAGGUGGCUGGAGGGUCCAGGACGAGCAACGUCUCCAGAAGGUAACGAGGGAGAGACGGACAUGGACGUUUUCGGGGACGACCCGGGUUUCGAGCACGGCGGCACAGAGAUGGAAGCGGAGGUGACCGUCGUCAACGAGAGCAGGGAGGAAGAACCGGAAGACUUCAGAUGGCGGCCCGCCACGGGAAGCGAACUGUAUCCGACAUUCGUCCCCUGACACGGCAGCACCCAGAUCCCGCACCGGAAGGAGGGAGGGGAAGAGGGGGCUUCGAGGGGGAUGGAUGUCAGGGGUUCAGGAGCAGAGGCAAGGGCAAGGGAGGAAACAGAGAGCGAGGGGAGGAGGCAGAAGAAAAGAUGAGUGAUGACGACGACCCGAGAUCUCCGAGUCUUUCCAGUGAAUCAGAAGAUUCACAGAAAGGAGCACCAGUGGCCAGGGCAAGGGGGAGCCUAGGGGACGCCCCAGGAAGAUAGAGCCAGAGGGGACUCAGAGGGGAGCAGUUGGAAAUCGGGACCAGCGUCACCGCCAGAGAGCAGGGAAGAGGAAGGGAGCCAGGGAUCAAGCGCUGGCAGCUCACAACAGGGGGGAGGGCACGAGUCAGGAGUGGCCACACCUCCAUCGGGGAGCGAAGAAACGGUCAGACGGAAGGUGGAAGGUUGGGCGCGCGCGCAAGUUCAAAUGCACAGGAAGGUGGCACAGUAGGCAGCCCGGAAAGGGAGCCAGGUCCUAAAGCCCGCCGAAAGGAGGGAGAAGAGUCAGGGGGGUCAGCGUCAGAGGAAUCCCGGAAAGAAGAGACCCCAGGGGGCAGAGGGACCCAGAGAAGAACAGUCAGGCGGAAAAGGUGGAGCAGGGCUAGGAUAUUAAGUUGGUGUACAAGGGGCGGAGACUCAGACGGAGCUUCGCCGGUCUAACCAUGAGACGUAGAGUUGCACGCAGCAGCUUGAGAAUGGAAACUGUAACUCAAUAAAGACUUUUGUUUAAUGAUCGCUGGCUAGCGUGAUCCUCUGUGAGCUAGGAUCUGGAAGCAGCUCUGACAAUAAGAUUGUCUUAUGAAGUUUUUCAUACCUGGUAUGUUCAGCUUUGAGAUUUGCGCUUGCAUGCAAGUGUCUACCCACUUCUGUGGCUGAUGUAGGCAUCAAGAUCUUUCCUUGUUUCCUUGUUUCUUGCUCACUGCUUUCUCACUGCUUUCUCUCUCUCUCUUUCCGCCCCUGAGGUGGCAGUGGUGGCAGAGUUCUUCCAGGAGAUGCUACAACGGGAUUUUGGUUAUAAGCUCUACAAGGCAUUACUGGCCCUGCCAGAGAAGGAGUCAGUGGAGGCAAAGAACCCCGAGCAGGAGAAAGCAGCCGAAUCAGAGAAGGAGGGAGAGAAUGAGCUGAGAGAAGAGCCUCAGGAGAAUAUUGGGGCAGAGGAAGCCCUGGAAAAUAGCCAGAAGGAUGCUCAGGUGAGGUGAUGUGCCUCUCUGGCCCGUUAGUACAGUGGUACGUUGGUUUGCAACCGCUUUGGAUUACAACUGUUUUGGAUUACAACCACGUCAAACCCAGAAGUGCAUGUCCCUUUUUUGGAUUAUAACCCAUUUUUUUUGGAUUACAACCCAUUUUUUUGGAGGCCCCAUUGGUGAAAGCGCGCCUUGGGUUACAACCUGGUUUGGUUUACAACUGGACCUCCGGAACGGAUUAUGGUUGUAAACCAAGGUACCACUGUAUAGCAAAGUGGCCUCAGUUGCUUAGGUGAUGCAGGUAUGUCUCGCCUUCCUCAUACUGGGUCUAAGAGCACCUGGUGGCUUUUGAAAGCAUCCAUGGAAGGAUUGGAGUACUGGACUGCAAAUUUCCAGCUGUUGUGCCUGUGCUCGAUAGUGUGUGGGCAAUGCCUGCUGACAUCUCAGAAGCCAGAGUGGGUGGCUAACUUACAUUCGCAGUGAUCAUGGACGGCAACUAUGUUUCUGCUUUUGGGGACUUCUCAGUACUAGCCAAAGCCAAACCAAUAAUGCAGAAACAAGAGAUUAUGUAUAUGUACUCAAAUUUUCAUAAUUCGUACAAACUGCAGAAUUUGGAAGAGUUCUGUUUAUGUGUUUUUCAUUCCUGUAGAAGGAGGAGGCUGGGGAUACCGAGAAGAAGCCUUCAGGUCAAGAUGGGGCCAGUUCAGCCAAGGAGGAGGUCAGUGGGAAUGUCAAAGUGGAAUCGAAGGAUUCUACAGAUGAGCUGUGUGAGCUGAGCCUAGAGGAUGACUUGCUGCUGCUGAGAGAGGAGGAGGAGGAGGAUUUUGGUAGGUACUCUGGGAAAUGCAGAAAUCCUACAGUGCAGUGUUAAGAUAUAAUGGCUGCUCUCAUUGAAAAGUGUAUGUGUGUGUACACACAUAUGUAAAGGCUGGGAUAGCCAUGAUGCUGCCUGCAGACAGCUGCACCUAUCAGUGUGUUUAAUUGCAAGGAAGAUGCAAGUUGAAAGGAGAAUUUCCAUAGGUUUUCCUUACGCCUAGUAGGGCAAGAGUAGGAUCCUUGGGUUCCUUUCUCUGGUCUGUUGUUCAUUUCACACAAGCCAGUGGUAUCUGCUCAGUGAGAUUGUACUUUGGAAGACGCUGGUAUUCACUCAAGUCUCUCUUGGUAAGCACUGAGCAGAGGUCAGCAUCUGAAGCCAGUCAUGCCGCAUUUUCCACAGGUGUCAAGUUAGAAGAUGCUGAAGUGAGAUCAGUUGCAUCCAACCAAUCAGAGAUGGAGUUCUCCUCCCUUCAUGAUGUGGUCAGUGACAAAUCCCCUCCUUCUCAAAGUCUGCUUUGAACUCUUUAGGCCAGUGGCCCUGGGAAUUGUGGCUGGGGCUUGGGUUGUAGAAAAGGAUACUGAUUUCUCAGUAUCAGAAUUCCCAUCUGGGUAUCUUCUGGGUUUUUAAGCAUUAUGUAAAAGCUGUCCCUUUCGCCUUGAUGUCUUUCUUCAUACCUAUGUGAAUUAGAACCGUGUUGCUUGUAAAAUGAAAAGUGGAGUUCCUACGAAUUCCAGCAGCUGCUAUUUUUUUUAUAAGCUCUGUAUCCCAUGGUUUGUGACAAGACUUAUCCAUGUGGAUUUUUCUUCCUCAAAAUCCUAGAAUUUGCUGUCUAUUUCUUGCUAUUUCCAUAGCAAGGAAAUAAAUAUGAGAGCAGUUUUUUGUUUUGCCCGAGAUGCCUGUUUGUAAUAUUACCAGUUCUCGAUUCGCCUGUGCUGCCCCUAAGGCUUCUCAACACCUAAUGCCGUUUCAAUAUCGUUCUGGUCCAGUUUUAACUAGGCUUGUCUCUGAUACCCAGUGGGCUCCUGGGUGCAGUGAUGGCUGUUCAGUUGUAUAGGAGCUGAUCUCAGAAACCUGAUCGUUCCUAGUUGCUGAGACUAAAUCUCACCAACAUGUUCAGAGUCAGCUGUGGAUAUGCAGUAGAUAUGCAGUCUUUGGCUCUGGGAGGCUUAGUCCCUAACAGUUCACUGUUGAAAUCUAGCCUAUAGUGAAAGCGCAGGGGAUGGUCUCUGUAGUAGAAGGGAAGUGACACCUUGACAGUUUGAACAGCCUUUUACUUUUUCUUACACCACCCUUCCCCAGCCCAGAGAGCUGGACCCAAGUGCUGUGUUGCCACUGGAUGCCCUCCUUGCCUUCAUUUACUUUGACUUGAAUUUCUGCGGCUACCUGCACAGGAGGGAUAUGGAAAAGGUGCUUCUCACCUUGGGGCUGCAUCUCUGCAAAGAGCAGGUGAGUGCCAAUCUGAUUUCUCCCCUGCUUUUGCUGGAGGUUUGAAUGACUUGAGACCUUCUUGAUUAGCGCUGAGGGUACGAGGAUCUGUUUGCGGCCUUUUCCAGUGCCAUUCAUGGAGGGGGGUGUCUCAUCUGGUGGCAGGUGAAGCGCCUGGUGAACAGGGUGGUGACGCAGUUCGUGUGCCGUUACCGCAGCCUACGCUACAGCCGACAGGAAGGGACUGAGCCAGGCCCUGAGGAGGAGCCAUUAGGUAGGUACUCAGUGUGGGGUUGGAAGGGGCUGUUCAGUUGCAUAGAGCUUCAUGGGUAGAAGAAUCCCUUUAUUUUUCCUUCUGAGCUAGAACUCUUUAACAGUUUCGGCUUAGCUCUUACACAUGAUUAGUGGUUUCUGGUCCUAUUUACUGACCACCCAGUUAUGCCUAGUUCUGCUAGGGAGCACUUCCAAUAUUCUUCUGCCCUGUCCCGAUUCCUGAAUGCAUGGGGCAGUGUACAUGUUGCCCAGCCUGCCAGUAGUGACUCUGCAGUGAUGCAAGGAAGGGAAAAGUUACUUCUGUAGAAUCUCUUUCAACCCAUCUUUAAAGGGUGUGCUCAGCUUUGGGAUGGUGACAGUUGUGUGUGAUUGGAGGAAGGAGAGAACAGAGCUUUCUAACCCACAAUGGGAGCAGCUGGAAACUGUAGCACAAAAGUAAUCUGAAUGGGGUUUUUUUUCUGCCCUUGGUUCCCAUUUCCUGUCUCUGGAUGCUCCAUUUCAAAACCAAGCAGAGUAAAUGUUGCCUUGUUCUUACAGGGAACCUCAAUCUACUGUGCUCAUCCAUCUCUGUGCCUGAGGUGCCUACCAAGUAUUCUCCAGAGUCUCAGUCCGGCAACCUGGUUUCAUACAAUGGGGCUGUCCUUAAUGUAGGGAAACUGCUGGAAAAGGCAGAACAGACAGAAAACAGCCGACUCUAUCUAGAGAACAAAAUCCACACGUUGGAGCUCAAAUUGGGUGAGCCACACAUGGUUAGGAUCGGCUCAUCUUGUAAAGGAUUGGAGUGGGGAACCUGUGGUCCAUGGGUCUCAUUAGGCCUGCCAGGCUCUCCGUUUGGUCCCAGGACCAUUUUGGUCAAGCCAUGUCCACGCAGGUGAUACCAGCUGUAGGGCAGGUAAAGACUUGCCUCAGCCCAAAAGAUUUGCAAGAUCCAAUUAUCAGCUGUCAGGUUUUGAAAACUGUUCCACAAAACUCAUGGGCAAAAUUAAGUGACUUGACAUUGCUAUGCUAGGAGACUGACAAUUGGAUGUCGCCACAAGGGGUAAGAUAUGGCCUCCUGUCUAGAUCCAGUUCCCCACCCCUGCUGUACAGUAUCCCCAAGAAGCUGCACCAAGCCAGAAUUCAAGGGAAUGCGCCUGCCUUGCUUUAGCCUCUCAGCAACAUGGAGCAGUUCAUUGGGCACACUCAUACAAAGCACUUACAUCUGAUGAAUGACAGGGCUCUUUUGAUCAGAAUAUAUUAGGCAAAUGAAACCCAACAACAAUUGGAUGCAGGAGUGCAGUUGGCACCUAAUGCAAUAAAGCAUUGAGUGGUGGAACCAUUGUUGAUAGAACCUUUGGGGAUGGUGGGGCUGCAGUGAUUCUAGGCUAAUGCUCCUUGCCUGUUUUUGGCUACUCAUACCUGCUUGACUUUCCAAGAAUUUGAGCUGGAGGCAGAGAGUGGGCUAGCUGGAGUUUCUAAGUGGAGUUGGGUCCAUAUACUUAAAGGCCUAAUUUGGAUGACAUAGUAAACCACGGUUAUGGUCUACUGUGAAUGCACUAAUUUCUGCCACUUUGCUCAUCCUCACGAGCACAUAAGAGAAACCACGAUCUGUAGCCAAGGUUGGUUCAGAGCGGAACCACCACAAUCCCAUUCAGACGUGAUUGGCCAGGGAUUGUGGUUUGUUGCUCCUGCUUGCACUAGGGAACAAAGCAGAAGCCACCUCUGUGUUCACAUGGAACAAUGUCUGGUUUCCUGAGCAAUUGUUGCCAGGGCCCUUUCCCCAAUUUAUAUGCCACAGCCAUGUAUAAAUAUGUCCUCCAGCUUCCCCUUUUGAGAUACUUUGAAUUUCUGCCUUCACUCUUGUCACCUGCCAUGUGAGUUCAGAACAAUGGCUUUUGUUCCUAGUGUUGGGAGAUAGCACUGCUCUGAUCUCAGUCCAUUGUGUUACUUCCUGGAAUCUGACUCUACCCUCUGUGCUGUGCUUACAGAAGAGACCCAGCUUCGCUUCUCUACAACAGAGGCUUCCAACAAGGCCCUGACAUUGGAGGUUCAAGAGCUGCAGAAGCGCCUCACUGAGAUGGAGGAGCAGUGCAAGGGGAACGAGAGACAAAAAUCCAGUUUCCAGAGGCUGCUGCUGGAGAAUAAGAAGCGCCUGAUUCCACUGCAGCUGGAAAUCCAGAAGAUAAUUGAGAAGGUAAUCUGGAACCUGCGGAAUAUUUUAGGACAGAGCCUAUCUGGUGUCAUAGGGACGCGGGUGGCGCUGUGGGUUAAACCACAGAGCCUAGGACUUGCCAAUCAGAAGGUCGGCGGUUCGAAUCCCCGCGACGGGGUGAGCUCCUGUUGCUCGGUCCCUGCUCCUGCCAACCUAGCAGUUCGAAAGCACGUCAAAGUGCAAGUAGAUAAAUAGGUACCGCUCUGGCGGGAAGGUAAACGGCGUUUCCGUGCGCUGGUUCACCAGAAGCAACUUAGUCAUGCUGGCCACAUGACCCGGAAGCUGUACGCCGGCUCCCUCGGCCAAUAAAGCGAGAUGAGCGCCGCAACCCCAGAGUCGGCCAUGACUGGACCUAAUGGUCAGGGGUCCCUUUACCUUAUAUCUGGUGUCAGGAGUUUUCAAGUUGUCGUCCCUGCAUGCUGCUCCACAAACAGUGGAUUCUGGUGGCAAUUGGCUUGGUAAACCUAUAAAUGUUCAUUUGUGUGAGAUGCUGAACAGGCAACUCUGGACUGCCAUGCCAUGGCCCUGCAACUCUUCUACUUUGUCCUUAUGGCAAAGAUGGAGGGGAGUAUCUUCAUGGUCACUGUGGAGACUCAGGAAUCAGUCUCUUUCCUGGCAGUGACUUUUGUCUCAAGAACGCACUGUCAAGUCUCUGCUCUUUGAUUCUAUGCAUAUUUAUUUACUUGGAAGUAAGUUCCACUAACUUAUGCACGGGGCUUACUCCCUGGUAUGUGUGCUUAGGUCUGCAGACAGUGUAAAGUGCAUGACUUAAUACAAAUUGGAUCUACUUUCCCUCAAACCUGAAGCUGGUGUCAGGAGGACUUCUGUCUUACGCAGUCUUUGCCUCUGGACAAAUACAGAAGCCAGUUUAUUUCUACCUGCAGAUUCGGUCUAGGAAUGGAGAGGCAAACCGAGACCCAUGUCUUCUAGUCAUUCCAUGUCACUGCUCCAGGUCUGGGGACAGAUGUUGCUGGGCUCCCAACUCCCAUCAGCCCCAGAAAGUAUGAAAAUAGUUGGGGGUUGUGAGAGUUGUCCAGAAACAUCUGGAGGGUCAUGGAUUCUCCAGACCUGCUUAGCUCCCAAUUGCCUGUUAUUUCCAUAUCCCUACCCAAAACACUGGGAGAUGUUCAUUUUAAGUUGUUAAAAAAGGCACUACAUCGUGAAAAUGGGUGGCUUGGAUCCCUUUUCCAAGAAUAUGAUCAAAGAGGGAACAUUCAAAUGUGUUUCCCACUCCCAACUGUUUUGUUGUUGUUUAUAUGAGGCAGUCUAGGAAGGCUAUACUAUAUGCCUUCUCCAUAUGUUUAGAUCAGCUAUAAGCCAUUUGCAGAAGUGUCUCUGGCAAAUCUACUGUACCUUUAAAGCACAUGGCACCCCCCAAAGCAUCCUUUAAACUGUAGUUCAAUGUGGUGGGAAUUGUAGUGGUGAGGGAUGAAUUAGUUUCCAGCAUACUGUGGUGAGGCGGGGGGGGGGGCAUGUCACCUCUGAGACAUGUAUCUUUGUUUGAGAAUUUUUCAAUUUUUAAAAAAGUAAAGGGGGGGGGAGAGUAAAAAGGCACCCAACAAAGUGUCACUGUUGUCGUCCUGGAAAUCUGUUCAAAGUCUCUGCAACUUACCUAAAAGUUUUUCUUUAUGUGCUGUUUUGUUUAAUUUUUUUUGAUAAAUCGUCUUAAGACUGGGGAAGGGAACGAGAAUGAAAUAAAUUGAAUGUUUGCUUUUCUUACUAUUGUGCUUCUUUUGUCUCUUUCAGACCAAUAAUUGCCUAGAAAAGAAGGAACCAACACCCACAGCCGUUUCCAGCAACUGA